AACAGACCAUAAAGCAGGGGAUGCUUUAGGGCGGGGCUAACUGCGAGACGUAUACGGCGUCUCUACGUCACUCUGCAUUUCAAAGAUGGUAACUUUCGUUCACUGCUUGCCAAAAACACAACAUGGCGACAGCCAUAAUCCAAGAUGACGAAUGCAAAAUCGCCAAACUCGAGGCUUCAAAACAUUAGUCCACAAACCAAUGAGUGACGUCACGAUGACUACGUCCACUUCUUGUACACAGUCUAUGGCUCAAACCAAAGGGGACACGUUUGUUACUGAAAGUCUGAGCUGCAGAAUCUCAUGAACAAGUAUAAUGUUGAGAUGGAAAAUCAUGGAGAGGAAAAAACAAAAUGAAUCACAGCAAAGACGGCAGAUGUUUGUUUUUUUUGCAAACAUCUGUCAUCCUUCCCUUACUUUCUGUAAGUAAUUUGUCUUUAUUUGCGCGCCGUAGCCCACAUCAGCGGGCUUUUUCGUCAUGAGCAGAUUUGUCCUGCAUGCACCCACAUUAUGGAUGCAUUUUCAUGUGCGACUGUACACAUUAUGUCACGGCUCACCGGCUGGGAAACAGGCACUGAUCUUACGUCUGCGGCUGCUUUGAGAUGCGCUUCGACAUUGAAGGCAGGAAAAAUCUGGGAAAUGUAAACUUGGUCCUGGAUUAUAAUCUAAGCUCAUAGUAAUCUUUUUUCUAUUUAUUUUUUUGAUGACUCUGCUCAAAGGAAAUCUGGAACAUAAUUUGCCAUUUGUAAUGGAUAAUAAUGCAGGAAAAGAUUUGUAGAAGGGGAGGAGCGAGGAUGGGGCUGGACGAGCAGCGGAGAGCGAAAGAGUUCAAAUGAAGCUGAGAAAAGCAAAGAGUGCCAUGGGUUUCUAUUGUUUCUGUGGAAGUGGAGAGAAUAAUGAAUCCCUUCAAUCAAGGUGGUAGCACAUCAUUAGAGCCGGCGGAGGGAUGCGCAGAAUUCUCACCCAAGGAGCCCCAACGAGAUUAUGAAGAUUUGACACAUCUGCUGGGAGGCGAAACACGGCGGCUACAUAUCGAAAGCCGGGAUUAGUUGCCUUUUCAUUUCGUCUCCUCGGGCCUGGCCUCGACCAUGAGGCUAGAGCGCGGGCGGCGGGCUUCUCUGGCGCUCACCCUCAACUUUGUGGCGUUUGCCUUUGCCUUAUCGGCGGUGACCACCAGCUACUGGUGCGAGGGGACCAGGAAGGUGCCCAAACCGUUCUGCACGGGCCCGCCGCUGAAGGUGAAGCAGUGGUUCUGCAUCCGCUUCAACAGCUCCAACAUCAACGACAGCCGGCUGGUGCAGUACAUCUUCGAGAGCGGAGAGGAGAAGUUUCUCCUGAGGAAGUUCCACGCGGGAAUAUUUUUCUCCUGCGAGCAGGCCGCCGACAUGAAUGGAUUUGACUGUCGAGACUUCUCAGAGAUCGCACCAGAACAUGAAAGAGGGGUUUUGUGGUUGUGUAUCGUGGCUGAGAGUCUGUACCUCACCCUGCUCUUCACAGGCGGGGCUCUGAUGACCCUGGAGCAGUGUCCCUGCUUCAGCAUCAUGAACAAGCUGAAGCUAAGUGCCUUCGCUGCCGUGUGCACCGCCCUCUCAGGCCUUUGUGGGAUGGUGGCCCACAUGAUGUUCACCACCAUAUUCCAGCUGGCUGUCGCUAUGGGACCAGAAGACUGGAGGCCCAAGACCUGGGACUACAGCUGGUCUUAUGUCUUAGCGUGGGGCUCUUUUGGCACUUGCAUGGGCUCUGCGGUGACAGCGCUCAACAGGUACACGAAGACCAUCGUGGAGUUUAAAUACAAGCGGCGGAACAUCGCGAAGAGCCUGAUGAUCAAGCAGAAGAUGCUGCAGCAGGACCUCCCCGACCAGAUGUGGGACAUGUACCUCACCGCUGUUCCCGCCGGCGCCGAGGCUCAGCUAGAGCUGCCGGUCAACGGCCACAAACCCUCCACAGGAACAACGUAUGUGGUGGAGAUGGACGGUGAACCAGAACCACAAGGAGAGGUGUAUUGUUGAAAAUUAAGUCCCUGCCCCCGUGACCCACCAGAACAGUUUUCAGGCUGAUUUCCUGGACCCAGAUUGGGAUUUGAAUUUCUAAUACAGGAGACAUAUUUGCUUGUUGCCACGGAUUCUUUCUUUUUUUCCGGAAAUAAUGUAACAUGGUCGGAUUUGACACAACAUGUAUUUCAUCAAAUCUUUCCGUGUGAUAUUAUUUGUGGGAGGAAGCGGGCUGCAAUUUCAACGUCUUCGCACUAAUCUGAGGAAAGCUGCAGGAUGUGCAGGCUGCUGCAGCUGCAGCUCCUUUAUGUGUCGUGUUGGGAUGUUUCCACUUCAAAGAUCCGUCGCUGUUUUGGCCUU